CAGCUAUGCGUAAUGUUCGUGACAAAUGUUUGUUUAUUCACUCCAAAUUACUAUAAAUUGGUGCUCAAACUAAGUGUUUGAUGUACUAAGCUAAUUAACAUUUAUAGGUUAUAUCAAACAACUAUAUAUAGAGUUUCCAUCGUUAAUUUCUCUGUUUGAGUAAUUAAAAUGGCAAGUCAAAAGGUUUUAAUAUGUUUCGCUUUACAAUUGAUUUUUAUAUUCUCAGUCCUUCACCACACAGCAAACGCUCAGGGAUUGAAAGUUGGGUUCUAUAAAAAUACAUGCCCAAAAGCAGAGGCAAUUGUAGCACAAAUCACACACGAUACUGUGAAAGUUGCACCCACAUUGGCUGCCCCUUUGAUGAGAAUGCAUUAUCAUGAUUGUUUUGUUAGGGGUUGUGAAGGUUCAUUAUUGUUGAAUUCAGCCACUAAUCAGUCUGAGAAGUUCGCCACUCCUAAUUUGAGCCUUCGAGGUUUCCAAAUUAUCGAUAAAAUCAAGACUGCGUUAGAAAAGGAGUGCCCACAAGUGGUUUCGUGUGCUGACAUAGUGGCCCUUGUUGCCAGGGAUUCAGUUGCGGCGUUGAAUGGACCAACCUGGGAAGUUGAAACUGGAAGAAGAGACGGAAGAGUUUCGAAUAUAACCGAGGCCUUAAGACAACUAGUUCCGCCUUUCGCCAAUAUCACUGCGCUAAGAACAGCCUUUUCAACCAGGGGUUUAAGUGCAAAAGACAUAGCAGUGCUCUCAGGUGCACACACCAUUGGAACUUCACACUGCACUGCCUUCAACAACCGUCUAUACAACUUCACCGGAAAAGGUGAUACCGACCCAACAUUGGAUUCAGAGUACAUUGAUGAACUUAAAAAGAAGUGCAAGCCUGCUGACCGGACUACAUUGGUGGAGAUGGACCCAGGAAGUUUCAAGACCUUUGAUGUUAAAUACUUCCAAGUGGUGGCCAAGAGAAGGGGUCUCUUCUCAUCAGACUCUGCACUUCUCGACGACAGUGAGACUAAAACUUAUGUUCUGAGCCACGCAUCUAGCUCUGGAACAUCCUCUUUCUUUAAAGAUUUCGGUGUUUCCAUGGUCAACAUGGGAAGGCUUGGAGUUCUCACUGGAUCAGCUGGUGAAAUUAGGAAGGUCUGCUCCGCGGUUAAUUAAUUAAUUAACCCAUUUCUUCUCUAGCUAGCAUUUGGCUUAUAUUAUUAGUUUGAAGUUCUUUUGCUACCUUACUAGUUUGGUUAAGUACAAGCGACUCAUCAAUGGAUGAGUCAUCAAGCUGUCUGGUUAGGUUGCAAUUAAAUAAGUCCACAUCUUCGGGUCGAAUUUUCUUUGCUCAGUUUCUAAUAUUUUCUCAGAAAAAUAAGUUUUCGUUUAUUGGUUUAUCGUUUGGAGGUCUAAGGCGUUUAAAAUCAAAUCCGUUGCUUGAACAAUAAUUUGACCUGAUCUAUAUCUUAAUCCAAUUGUCAAAAUUGUAUUAUAUUUAUAUAUAAUAUAUGUAAUGAUAAAUAGAUCAUAAAUGAAGUAAGCAUGAUAUAUGGUAAUUCAUUUUCUUGA